AUGCUGCACUCCGGAUUGCCCCCAAUUGUUUGGGGGAUGUUGGCCGAUGAUAUCCCUGCCAACGACCUGGAAAAGCCCUGGCCCAUGAAGCUUUCGCGUCUUCCCGCAUCAAUCAACCUGGAAAUAAAUAUUGGCGACCGGAAAACGAGCUCUGUUGGCCGCAUCCCGGAGCUGGGCCUCCAUAAUUGCCUGAGACAAUUGGAGAGGCCCGGCACCUUGGCUGCCGAGCUGCUACCUGGAGGAGCUCUGCUGGCGGCCUGGUUACUGGAUCGGGUUGCAGAUGCGAGCGCCUCAACGUGGGUGAUGGCAAUCAAUAUGGGGUUUAGUAAACGGUGGUUUGAUGAAAUUGCGCAUGAACGGGAUCCACGCCGCGCAAUUGGCCCGGGUCAAGCAACGACAGACGACUAA